CCGCCUUUCAUCAAUUCCACCCCAACAAUGGACGACGUCACCCCCGAACUUACGGAGCGCUUUGAGCGCUACUGCGAUACCAAAGACAAGGAACUUCCUCCUGAAAUCCUCGGCGAAUUGCAGUCAAUGCUGCGCCUGUAUUCUGUCUCGCCAGAAGAACUGUACUUCAAAUGGGAGGCAUAUGGCAUGAAGAUGGGUGGGGAGGAGACGAGGCUGGAUUUGAAGACUGCGCGAGAUUUCAAGAAGAAUGUCCAGGAUACGUUGGAGAGGGAGAGCAGAGCGAAGGCUGCUCAUGCUAGGAAUGAGGGGAAGAGAGUUGCGUCGACGCCUAGGGUGGGGAUGAACAGUCCUGGGGAUGUUUUCGGAAUGCUAGACGGAUUAGUACCCUACACACCACGACCUGGUGCACGGAACGGUGUCAAUGGCAGCACCACGAAGAGGAGGUCGAACUUUGAAACCCCAGCUAGUAAAGCAAAUAAGAGUCACGAGACGAGUUCGCCCGGCAAUGCUCUCACGCCAAAAGGAGAGAUAAAUGGGAGACCUGUCUUCGACUUCGCCUCGCGUCAGAGUGCGGGCGACAUCUCCGAACAACUGAACGGCGACAUCUCCCUCCCCGACCCACCCGAAGAGCGCCCUGCAGAAGCGCGCAUCAAGCUGAAAGCAAACACUGAUAUGUCCAAAUUCGCGUACAAAACCAUGGCAACGAAGCUUUCAGAAGCAUCAGAAGUGCUGGAUGACCGCAUCGACGAGUUCCGCCAAAUCAUACAAGAGCACCUCAACCUCGAAGACAGCGAGUUUGGCAACCCGUCUCACCAAUCGCCGAGUGAGAUCAUUGCCGUAGGUCGUAUUGCGUCUGAUGCUAGCGAGGGGAAGCUAACGGACUCAUCACUCGUCCUCGAAGGCUCUCGUCGAUGGGGCUCUGGUCGCCGUGUUCCCCUGAAGCUCGACGCGCUCACCUCAUACAAUUUCUUCCCUGGUCAGAUUGUCGCUCUCAAAGGCACAAACGCAUCUGGCGACUUCUUCACAGUCUCCUCCGUCAUCGAACUCCCACUGCUAGCCCAGCCUGCCACUAAACCGGACGAGCUGGACACCUAUAAUAACCGCUACCUCGACACCCCAGACUCAGACCCCGAAAACGUCCGUCCGUUGACAAUUCUCAUAGCAGCAGGGCCCUACACUACCGACCAGAACCUAGACUUCUCCCCGCUACAUACGCUUUUCGAAAAUGCUGUAACAUCCUAUGCCGACGCCCUCAUUCUGGUAGGCCCCUUCCUUGAUGCCGAACACCCCCUCAUUCGAACCGGAGACUUUGACAUCCCAACACACCUCACAACCCCCGAUCAAGCCACCAUGAGCGACUUGUUCCGACACCACGUUUCCUCAGCUCUACAAUCAUUCACCCAGCGUCUCCCUACCUGCUCUGUGAUUCUCGUCCCGAGCUUACGCGAUGCACACCACAGACACGCCGUAUUUCCACAGGACAGGUUCAUCAAGAAGGAACUAGCACUACCCGGAAAAGGAAUUCAGUGUGUAACGAAUCCCAUGAUGUUGAGUAUGAACGAAUUCACAGUCGGAAUAAGCUCCCUCGACAUCCUAGAUAUGUUACGAAAGGAAGAAAUUGUAGGCGGGGAGGCGCGAUAUAUUAAUCUGUAUGAACGAGGUGCGAGAAACGUCAUUGCGCAGAGGAGUUUCUUACCUGUUUUCCCACCCACGGCGAGGGACAGGCUGGCCCUUGUUGCAGGCGUUGAGGAGAAAGUCGUGGAUGGGAAGGGUGGCGAGGGUGGCGAGGAAACAAAUGGACCGACGCCUUUCUUACCCUUGGGGACAAUGGUUGAUACGAGUUAUCUCAAGUUAGGUGAGAUUCUGAACGUGAGGCCGGAUGUGCUGAUUACACCAAGUGUACUUAAUCCUUGUGUUAAGGUUGUCGAAUCUGUUCUUGUGAUCAACCCCGGUACAUUAAGUAAGAAGAGAGCUGCAGGGACGUACGCGAGGAUGAUUGUGAAACCUGCGAAGAUCGAGGAUCAAGAGAGGGAAAGGGGAUUUGCUAUUGCGCAUAAGAUGUGGGAGAGAGCUAGGGUGGACAUUGUGAAGAUUUGAAUGAUGUAUAUGGUAGGGAUAGUAUGUGUUUUCGCAAGGUGUUCUGGUGUUCGGAUAUGCUUGGAUCAUGCCUUUAGAAUGCAGUGGAGGCAGGUUUCCAAGGAUAGUUGAAUGAAUGGGGCAACACUUUGUU